CUCGUGUGUAUUUUGUGUUGUACUUUGGUUCCGCAUCCCCCCGCCACUCCGUGUCUGUGUGUCUGUCCGGCUGUUCAGCGGCGGUGGAGAUGAAGAUGAUCUGAACUGCUGCUUCCACUGAUCGGCCCGCACGAGGAGUCGCGUCGCUCUCUCUCUGUCUUACGUCGUGGUGUGGGUCGGGUCAGGACUACACCUGAACAUGAGCUUCACCAGAACUCUCCUGCACUGGAAUGGACUGUGGCACACACGUGUGUUGCCAUGGUGAUUAUUCACACUAAAACACUGGACAAGAAGCCCGUCGAUGAUGUAACGUCCCAAGAGUCCCCGCAGCUGCACGAGCCGCCAAACAUGAGCCAAGGAACGGCCCUCCUCUCCUGUGGAAUCAUGGAUUCUGGCCGGUGGUCUGGGAUCCAGCAGCGACCUGUGGGCUCCAGUCUGGAGAGCCUGUGGGACAGCAUGCGUGAGACGUGUUCCACUCGUGAGGCGGGCAGCACUGGCGCAAUCAGCAGUUUACUGCGAGAUCUCAGCCUGAGCGAAACACCCUCUCUUUGUAGCACGGCCCCACCCAGCAAACGCCAGUGCCGCUCGAGGUCCUGCUCCGAGGAGCUCAGCGGCUGCCGGUCGUCAUGGCGACCGCAGGGCUCCCGCACGUGGAUGAGCGCGGAGAAGCGCCGGUGUCACAGCGGGGGCAGCGUUCAGCGUGGAGCGCCGUCCGCCUUCAGCCCAUCUGGUUUUCCCAUGAUACAGCGCAGCUCCAGCUUUAGUCUGCCCACACACGCCAACAUACUGGAGCCGUUCGGCCACGCCUUCUCUUUCCCCACUUCCUCCGAACCACCGCGGACGCCGUACUGCUCGCAUGAACGGAUCUGCCCACAGGAGCCCAGCGUGCUGUCAGAGGCCAGCUCGCCCGACUCCACCCCAGAGCUGGUGCGCCGCGUGACCGGACUCCCCCGCAGCCGAUCGCAGCCCUGCGUUCACAAUGACAAGAAGAUCGGCGUGAAGCGCCGGAGACCAGCAGAAAGUCACAAACAGAGGCCUUCACUCGACCUGCUCAAGAUGACACAGAAGCUGCAGGAUUUUCACAGUCUGAGCUGUCCAGGAUUCACCACGAGCGAUCAAACGCCGCUCUCCAGUCCGUCACUGCAGCACGAGAGUGACGUCACAUCUGACCAGCUUCAGCUGAACACCAAAGACGACACCGUCAUCAACCAAUCAGACGCCAGCUGGACAGGAGGACUGACUGGCGGCAAAGAACAUGAGCGUCUGUGGGCGGGGCUGUGCGGCGUCAGGGGGCGGGACGUUCUCCAGCUGGGCGGAGAACUAGACAUCGAACAGAUCGAGAGAAACUGAGACGCCGCUCUAAACCUGUUGGAUUAUUAUGGGAUGGACGCUUGAAGAAGUGGACGGGGGUGGCACAUGUUAAUCGACUCAGGGCGAAACACACGGAGGUUCUGACGGGUCACCGGAACAUCAUCUGGGUUGGAGUCUGAAGAGCCCCGUGUGUUUGGAGGAGAACACGCUUAUAUUUAGAUGAGUAGAAAUGAUUCAAGCGUUUCUCACAUGAUGACUUGAGAGCUGCUGGAUGCAGCCGCACACGCACACACACACACACACACACACACACACGCACACACGUUAAAGGGCU